CUCUGAACAACAGAAAGAUCAGGAAAGACAGGAUUACAUCAUGCCACUGGAGCAUAGAUAUAAGGAAAUUGAACUUGAGAUUGUGGAAACAAAAUCUCGUGCAAUUUCUGUGAAAGCACAACGGCGAACAUUUGAAGAAAAAUAUAGAGCAAAAUUGCAACUUGGAGAACGAUUGAAAUAUGAACUUGAAAAAAGUAUUCUGCACUAUGCCUGUGUGUACGACCAACCCAAUGUGGUUGCCCUCCUAAUAGAGUGGAAUUGUGGCAUUGAUCUCCGUGACAGUGACAACAUCGCAUCACUAAUUAAGGAUGGGUUCACACCAUGUACACUGUCUCUAAUAAAAAUCAAUGACAACCUGGCAAAACUUUUAGAAGACCAGAAAGAAAAGAUAAAUGAACUUGAUGAAUUAGACAGGUCUUCAAAGAAAACCUCCAAUGAAAAGGGAGAGGUCAAAGAACAAGGAAAUCAUAUGUUUGGCCUUAAUGAAGAAACAUCAUCAUCUGAGGGAAACUCAGAGGACAGUAAGGUGUUCAGUUGUGACACUGUUUUGCAUCUUAUUGAACAGCACAUCAGGCAGACAAAAGGUACGCAAUCUGUGAUCCUACUGAAAAUCUGGGGUAUAUUUUAUUCAUAUAAAAGAUCAUUAGAGUUUGAAAAACUUAAAUUUGAACUAAUUGAAGAAGAAAAUGAACGUAUAAGUAAUGAUAUUAUUGUACUGCAAGAGGAGUGGUCUCAACUAGAGAUUGAAAAUGUUGAACUGCAAGAUGAGAUAUGCAGUUUGAGGUCUUCAAAGAAAACUUCCAAUGAAAAAGAAGAGGUCAAAGAACAAGGAAAUCAUAUGCUUGACCUUAAGGAACUAAUAUCAUGUGAGGGAAACUCAAACGACUGUGAGCAGUACAGUUGUGACACUAUUUUGCAUUUUAUUGAAGAGCUCAUGAGGCAGAGAAAAGAUAUAAAUUCUGAGAUCCUAGUGAAAAUCUGGGGUGCAGUUUAUACAUAUAAAAGAUCAAUAGACUUUGAAAAACAUAAAUGUGAACUAAUUGAAGAAGAUUGUGAACGUAUAAGUAAUGAAAUUAUUGCACUGCGAGAGGAGUGGUCUCAACUAGAGAUUGAAAAUGCUGAACUGCAAGAUGAGCUAUGCAGUUUGAGGGCCACCCUUGAAAAUUUAGAAUUAAAUGAUGCAGCAAGCCUCCAAGCAGAGGAGAAUGAAGAGCUUUCAAGAACCCCGGUUCAAGAAGAACAGUUUAAGUUGUACCUGUCACUGACACAGAGUUUGCAUGAAAUGAGAAGGAAAAAUACUGAACUAGAAGAAGAAAUAGACAGGUAUAUGGAUCUGUGCACAAUGAUGGAGGAGGACUCAGAUGCACAUCAAAAUGGAGAGUUUUCAGGUUAUAAUACUUCAAGUACAAGUCACUGCGAAGAGGAUACGGUACUGAAACUAAGAGAGAAGCUUGAAAGUAUGGAAACAAAACUACAACAAGAAUUAUUCCGCUGCCAAUGCAAGGAAGAUGAAAAUAAUCUUUUGGAGCAGAAAAUAGCAGAAAGGAAAGCAGCCCGGGAGAACCGUGAAGCGGAAGAGGGUAGAAUAAAGCAGCUUGAAGAGAAAAUACUCAGCCUCAAAGCCGAUAUGGACAAGAACAUGGUAGAGCGAAGUGAGGUAGAAAAUCAUAAGAAAGCCAUUGAAGAGCAAGCUAGGAGUCAACUCAUGGAAAAAAUAAACCAAGAGAACCAAGUCUUACGGGAACUAGCUGCCUCUGAGCAACAGAAAGAUCAGGAAAUACAGGAUUACAUCAUGUCACUGGAGCAUAGAUAUAAGGAAAUUAAACCUGAGAUUGUGGAAACAAAAUCUGGUUCAAUUUCUGUGAAAGCACAAUGGAGAACAUUUGAAGAAAAAUAUAGAGCAGAAUUGCAACUUGGAGAACGAUUGAAAUAUGAACUUGAAAAUAUUUACAGCAGUAUUGUGGAGUUACAGAACACCAAGUCCAGGCUUGCUUCUGAGAGAAGGAUGAACAGGCUGUCGCACAUCCACACUCACCACAGAUCUGUCUCAGAGGGAACCAGUGACAGCAGUCUUCAGAAUAUCUUUGGGUUCAACAGCACAGGGGCCACGAUUUAAGUCCACAUUCAAGAAGGAGAGCUUGGUGGGAUAGCUUAAUAAGGUUAGCUAUGCUUUUGUCUCUCUAAGUGUUUCAGGUUUCUGAUAGUAUUGUAUUUUAAGUCUGAUGAACCACUGAAGUGUAUAGCUGACACAAAAUUCUCAUUUUUCAGAUAUGCUCCUUUGUUAACCUGAGUCAGUAAAUAGAACAUAUUUGGAAUAUUUUAAAUUUCUUUCCAAUUGGAACUUGAAUGAUAUUUCCAACAAAACCUGAAUGUUUGUUGACAAGACACAGUGGGUAGAGGUUCUUGUCACCAUUUGACCACAAUGUUCAUUCCCUGGACCCCAUGUAGUAUGAGGAGUGAACCUCUUUAGUGUUGUCCUCUGGCUAUAACAGAGGAGGUGUGGCAUGCACAUCAAGACAACUUAAGGUGUAUUCCUAUUUAUAUCCAUUUUUACCUUUCAGGUGACACUGUUUUAUCUGGGACUUAAGUAUUUAGUGGUUUUAUAAACAAUUUUUGGGGUCAUAUCCACCAUUUUCACUUAAAGAUUGAAAGUUAAACUCUUAACCGCAUGUGCAUAGUUGAUUUUAAGAAUUCCUCCCCUCCUCUGACAUAGGCAAAUCCAUAUUUUCUCUCUUUAGAAAACAAAUGGUCCAACAAAUGAACAAACAUACCAAAUUUAAACAAAGCAAAACGAUAAACCAACAAUACAUCACCCCAAGACCUUAACAUCCAGGAAAAAUCACAAGAAACACACAAAACUCCUCCAUUGUUAAGCGUUUUAAAUAUUUUUAUAUAUAAGAAAGCAUAUAUAUCAGUAAUCUUGCUUAAUUAUCCUUUAGUAAAAGGGUUCCAAAAUGUA